ACUCAAUGUUCACGAGACAUCACGCGACCGCCGCUUUGCUGGCUUUGUGUUAAUCUGUGCGAUUUGCCGCACACCAUUGCGGAUAACCUUAUAACAAGUCCAUAAUUUUAUAUUAAUAGAAUAUAAUGAGGGGUGGAAUGCGCGGCAGGGGAAGACCGGGACGACCUGGUGGAAUGUUCAAGCCUAAAGUGUUCGUUCCGCACCUUCCAUUCGACUUCUACGUGUCAGAACAACUAUUCCCAAGAGUAAAAGCAGCACCAGACGACAACACAUUGACACAGCUAUUGCUGAAGAAAAACACAGACCUGACGCCAACAUCGGCGGAACAGACUCUGAUCCUCAACUUGGUCACAAAGAUCCAGGCUGUCCUCGACAAUCUCGCCGUUGCUCCUGGAACCUUUGAAGGCUGUCAAAUAGAAGAAGUUCGACAAGUGGGAUCCUUCAAGAAGGGCACCAUGAUGGUAGGAAACAAUGCGGCUGACAUCGUCGUGAUCCUGAAAACCCUACCUACAGGUGAGGCUGUACAAGCAUUGGGUAACAAGGUAUUCGAAGAUGUAAAAGCUGCAGACAACACGUUCGCUACCAAACUCUCAAUGGAAACAACAGAGGCUGGAUUUGAUUUGAAACACAAGGAAGGUGCUACAGCAAAGAUUCUCAUUACAACACUUCCCCAGAACAUGCGGAAAUUGGAUCCGGAACUACACAUGAGCCCAAAGCUGUUGCAGAACCACUUGACUGCAAUACGUCAUUCUCGCUGGUUUGAGGAGAAUGCUCACAACUCCAGCAUAAAAGUACUGAUUCGCAUCCUGCGGGACAUGCGUGCUCGGUUUGCUGGUUUCCAACCUCUUACGCCCUGGAUUAUUGACCUCUUGGCUCAUUAUUCGAUCAUGCACCAUCCUAGUCGCCAACCACAGCCAAUCAACGUCGCCUUUCGGCGGGUGAUUCAACUGCUUGCAGCAGGGUUGUUUCUGCCAGGGUCUGCUGGUAUCCCAGAUCCAUGUGAGGGAGGAACAUUCAGAGUCCACACAGUAAUGAGCCUGGAACAGCAGGAUCUUGUCUGUUUAACAGCCCAGAACCUCUUGAGAGUCAUCUCUCAUGGAGGCUACAAAGCAGUUCUGGGAGUUGGAGGGCCAAAGAAUGUGGACACAGAGUCGUGCAUCCUUGAUGCAGUAGUUGUCACCCCUCUGACAAGAGUCUAUGAGAAGCCAGUGGACAAGAAGGAAGAUGAGGAUAUGGAUCAAGAAGAUGAGGAGCAAAUGGAAACUCAAGAGCCGUAGCCACGAAUUUCAUGUGGGAUCAUCAUUUUCAUUGGGGCACCGAAAACAUUUAAUAAACAUCAUUGGAACCACUUGUA